AUGCAGCAAGCCUAUGGCUUUCAGAAUGGGAGCACUAUCGCAGGGACAAGAUUUCACCAGAACACCAAACUAGAAGGUAGUUGUCCAGAACAGGCAUUGGAAUUGUUUGCCGUCAGACCUGCUGGAACCAGGGUUUUGGAAAGGCUCCAGGGACUUGAGUUGGAAUCAGAGCUUCAAAAUUGUUGUAAAGUCAGAGAUGAACUUCUGGUAACAAAGACAAACACACAAAUUGGUGACAUUAUAUAUUAUGAGACUCAAAAAAAUAAAAAAAUUGAAGUGGAUGAAAAAAUCUAUGAUAUGUUACCCAAGAAUAACAACAUCUUUUCUUUACAGACAUUGCCAUUUCAAAACAAACCAUAUAAGAAAUGUGCUGUGGUUGGUAAUGGAGGAAUCUUAUUAAAUAGUUGCUGUGGCUCAGAAAUUGAUCAAGCAGAUUAUGUUUUCAGGUUCAAUUUGCCACCUAUGAAUUAUUCAUAUGACGUUGGCACAAAGACAGAUCUUGUCACUUCAAAUCCAAGCAUUCUUACCAAAAGAUUUUCAAAAUUGAACGAGAGGCGAAAACCCUUCUCUGAUAUGGUAAAAGCCUAUGGUUCAGCUCUAAUCAUCAUGCCAGCAUUCUACUCUAUAGGCAACAAAGAUUUGUCAUUUAAGGUAUAUUAUACGUUAAAAGACUUUGGCUCUGAGCUGAAGGUGUUUUUUUUCCACCCGGUUUACUUGAAGAAUCUGAGUGACUACUGGACAAGCAAAGGACUUACUGCCAAACGUCUAUCCUCUGGUCUUAUGCUGGUAAGUUCUGCACUGGAGCUUUGUGAUGAGUUGACUAUUUAUGGGUUCUGGCCUUUCCCUGAAGAUCAAGAAGGAAACUAUGUUCCCCAUCACUACUAUGAUAACAGAAUACCUAAACCUGGAUUUCAUUCCAUGCCUGAUGAAUUUUUUUUUUAUGCUCAACUGCACAGCCUGGGGGCCCUCAAGCUUAAAGUAGGAAGAUGCUACUGA